AUCUCGCGAGAACAGCGCAGCGCUGCCUUGUGACGUCAUGUGCGUUAACCCUCGUGGAAGCACGUCGACGGAGAAAAGAAGGGAGCCGAACGCUAAUAACUCAGUCUUGUUACUUUUUCUCCAGUUUGUAAACAUUCACGUCGUAUAAAAUACAUCUUUGAGUCUUUAUUUAGGGAUAAGAUCGUCUCGGUGCGCGAGAAGCAUUUUGCCGCGUUUCGUGCUGACUUAGCUUAGCUCGCUAGUUAGCUUAGCUUGCUAGCUGCUAACAGAAGUUGUCAACACAUCGCUAAGUAGAGAUUAAGUGUGAGUGUCAAAGUGUUGGCAUUGUGUGAAAAUGAGUACAUUACACAUGUUGAGAGAGUUGGUGGACCAGCGACUAACUGCUGCCGCCCAAGAAAUAUUUGUAGUCUUGGAAAGAACGAUAGCAGAAUACGAGGCGGAACUUUCUAGAACAAAGGAGGAGAAUAAUCAACUACUGGACGCUGUCUUCAAGAAACAUCAAGUUGUGCUGCACAGAACAGACGUCGCUGAUGAACAUCUUGUCCACCUGCGGGAGGAAGAACCACCACCCUUGUGCAUAAAAGAGGAAGAAGAGGUACCACAGCCCCCGAACAUUAAAGAGGAAGUGGAGGAACACGGCAUCAGUCAGGAGGGAGAGCAUAUUGAAGGACGGGCGGAGUCCCCAGCGACUGGUGUCCCUGUGAAGGGUGAAGAUGACGAGGUCAAAGGUGAAAGUGAGGAGAAGAUGGAGGCGGAGUCUCCAACACAACACAUGACAACAGAAGCUGAUGGAGACCACUGUGGAGGAUCACAAGCAGACAAGAUCUCAGCUCCACUAUCAGAUAGUGAGGACACCACCUCACACUCUUCUAAAACUGAUAGUGAGGACACGUUUUACCCUCCUGACACUGAUGAUGAAGACUCUACAGACGACAAGACAUGGGACCCGGACAGCCCUCCCUGGAAAUGUCCUCACUGUGACAAACGUUUUGGCCUCAAAAACUCCCUAAACAGACACAUAAAAAAUCACACCGGAGAGAAACCGUUCCCGUGCUCGGCGUGCAGUCAAGUAUUCAGCCUAAAAGCAGACCUGAUAAAACACGCGAAAAUUCACACUCGAGAGAAACCUCUUUCUUGCUCAUUGUGCGGCGUACGUUUCACACAGAGUGUAAGCUUGAAAAGACACAUGCUAAGGCACACUGGAGUGAAACCAUUUUUCUGUUCGGUGUGUGGGACGGGCUUCUCUAGAAAGGACAGAUUGAACAACCACAUGACAACACACACGGGAGAAAAACCUUUUCCCUGCGCAACCUGCGGCAUGCGUUUUUCAAGGAAGGACUAUUUGAAAGAGCAUACAAGGAAACACACCGGGGAAAAACCUUUUUCCUGCUCAACCUGUGGUUUAUGUUUUAUUCGGAGGAUCCAAUUGAAAGAGCACACCAGAACGCACACCGGAGAAAAACCCUUUUCCUGUUCUGUGUGUGAUUCCAACUUCGUCCGAGAGGGUAGUUUGAAAAUCCACAUGAGAAUGCACACCGGAGAAAAACCGUUCUCCUGUGCAACCUGUGGUCGGAGUUUUUCAAGGAAGGGCCAUUUGAGUUGUCACACGAGAAUACACACUGGGGGGAAAGUGCUGAGUUGCAGUGUGUGCGACGAAACAUUCUAUCACCAGUACCAACUCAACAAACACCAGUGUGCUGGUGGGAACAGCGGCACUAAAAUAAAAAAGCGCUCCGCGGCCCUCCACCAGGAUCCGGAUGCUGAUCAGGACCAACAUCGAAAUGUGAUCACUUGUUCCUUAACCAAUUUCUGACAUGUCCCGGCACUGAUAUUCAACCAGACUUAAGUUUUAUUUUGUUAUGACACAAAGUACCUACCUGACAGUCAAACAAAGUUCCUUUUAGUUACUUUUCACUUCAAUAGAAAACUUGAAAAUAUGUAAAAUAGUCCUGCACCUGGCAGCUGCGGUCAAUCCCCCGGCAAUCGGCACACCUGAAGUUGAUCAGAGGUUCUGCCUUCAAAAGCCUGCACAACCUGCUUUUCCGGGCCAGAACGUAGUCUUCUGUUCAAGUACACUAGCCCUUCGUUCCCGAAUUUCCAGCUGUGCGCCUCGUCUCACCCCGCGUUUCCUCUGCUUCCCUGACUGCCUCUUGGAUCUCGACCUCCCGCUUGGACACGGACCUUCUGUGAAGACCUCAACGGCGGAGCAGGCGUCAGACGGUAGAUGUAUGAACCACCCCCUUACCCCCUGGCUGCGAUGGCGGAAGAAGGCACCCCCACAUACAUGUGGGCCCAGUUACGGGGAAAUAACGACCCAAAACAUGAACGAAUAGAAUAGGGUCCACAGUUGUCUUCGACUCCAUGCCACUGGACCCUGACCAAGGAUCGUGUGGUGACUGCACCAUCUCCCCACAAAUACUCACACUCGCUUACAGUGACUGCCGAUGAUGAUAUAUGAUACUUCAUAAAGUUAAAUAAUAUGGCCCCUUGUGGUCUGUGCCGUCUACUCCCCUUCACCCCUUGUACACAACACUUCUUUAUGAUAGACAUUUUUGUUUGUACGAGCAAUUUUAAACCAGUGCUGUACCCUUUGCAUGUGACCUUGUCGAAUAAGAUUUCUGUUUUUUCAUAAAUAAUUGCUCUGAAUCCUUGAGACGGUCAAUCUGGGCACCCCAGUUCCAAGUUGCCAGUCGGGCUCCUUUUUAUGCCAGCCCUGCCCCUUCUGUCAGUGCUGGAUCAUUCCUUUCCCUUGCUUCGUGAUCGUUGUUUCGCUUGCGCCUGUAUUGGCAGGUUUCCCGUGCACUCCCCAGCUGCACCGUUUCUACCUUGCUUUUCACGUAGAGUAAAGUGAACCACCGAACGUAACAAUAAGAAUGUACAGUAUUUACCUUGGAGACUGGCCUUCUACGGUCUCUCCCUCCAGCUGCUUCUUUGUCAUACAUGCCGUCAGCAGCUUGUACAUACUUUCAUGGAUAAAUGUUUGCCUUUUAAACAUCUGCUCUGUCAGGACAAGAAAACUUGCAAUGUUGUGUUAGUAAGUCUUGAGUAAGAUGAUCAAAGUGAUGUUUGACAAUCAGACACUGUUAUUAUGCUAAUAGGCCAUUUUAUUCUUAAAUGAUCAAUUAAAUUAAUUUCAUGGCACAGCAUGUCUAUAUAUGU